GUGCUAUUAGUGCACGGCGGGGCCGCGGAGGAGGACAGCACGGUCCCUGGUUCGCUCGCACUCGCCGGCAGGUCGGCGCGCUCGCUCACCUGAGCCGUGUCCUGGGGCCGCAGGGCCACCGGGCUGAACACGCGCCCCCGCCCGCCCGGACACGCACCGAGAUGGGCAGCGGGAGAAGUUGACGAGCCCCCCACGCACGCGGUGCUCUUGCUGCCCAGAGGGGCUGCAGCCAGCGGUCUGUCGCGCGUGCCUGUUUGCCAAAGGAGCCACCCCGGCGAGGAGAGCCGGAGGGGAGCCGCUUCCAGCGGGGAGACCCGCAGCUCAGACACGCGCUCUGGGCGGCCUGGAUGCGCAAGAACCGGCCCCGCAGCUGCUGACGGCCGGCGGCAGCGAAGUUUGGCUGCUGAGUGGCUCGGCGUCCGGCCCCUGGACAGACUGCCAACCGGCGGCUGCAACAACCGGAGCGAUGCCCGUGGGGGGCCUGUUGCCGCUCUUUAGUAGCCCUGGGGGCGGCGGCCUGGGCGGCGGCUUGGGCGGGGGGCUUAGCGGCAGUAGGAAGGGGUCUGGCCCCGCCGCCUUCCGCCUCACCGAGAAGUUCGUGCUGCUGCUGGUGUUCAGCGCCUUCAUCACGCUCUGCUUCGGGGCAAUCUUCUUCCUGCCUGACUCCUCCAAGCUGCUGAGCGGGGUCCUGUUCCACUCCAACCCCGCCUUGCAGCCCGCGGCAGAGCACAAGCCCGGGCCCGGGGCGCGCGCCGAGGAUGUCGCCGAGGGGCGAGUCCGGCACCGCGAGGAAGGCGUGCCAGGGGACCCCGGGGCUGUACUGGAGGACAACUUAGCCAGGAUCCGUGAAAACCACGAGCGGGCUCUCAGGGAAGCCAAGGAGACCUUGCAGAAGCUACCCGAGGAGAUCCAAAGAGACAUUCUGCUGGAGAAGGAGAAGGUGGCCCAGGACCAGCUGCGUGACAAGGAGCUGUUUGGGGGCUUGCCCAAGGUGGACUUCAUACCUCCCAUCGGGAUAGAGAACCGGGAACCAGCUGAUGCCAGCAUCCGCGAGAAGAGAGCAAAGAUCAAAGAGAUGAUGAACCAUGCUUGGAAUAAUUAUAAACGCUAUGCCUGGGGCUUAAACGAACUGAAACCUAUAUCAAAAGAAGGCCAUUCAAGCAGCUUAUUUGGCAGCAUCAAAGGAGCAACGAUAGUAGAUGCCCUGGAUACACUUUUCAUCAUGGGCAUGAAGACUGAAUUUCAAGAAGCUAAAUCAUGGAUUAAAAAAUAUUUAGAUUUUAAUGUGAAUGCUGAAGUUUCUGUUUUUGAAGUAAACAUACGCUUUGUCGGGGGACUGCUGUCGGCUUACUACUUGUCUGGGGAAGAGAUAUUUCGAAAGAAAGCAGUGGAGCUUGGGGUAAAAUUGCUACCUGCAUUUCAUACUCCUUCUGGAAUACCUUGGGCAUUGCUGAAUAUGAAAAGUGGAAUUGGUCGGAACUGGCCCUGGGCCUCUGGAGGCAGCAGUAUUCUGGCAGAAUUUGGAACUUUGCAUCUGGAGUUCAUGCACUUGAGCCACUUAUCAGGAAACCCCAUCUUUGCCGAAAAGGUAAUGAAUAUUCGGACAGUGCUGAACAAACUGGAAAAACCAGAAGGCCUUUAUCCUAACUAUCUGAACCCCAGCAGUGGACAGUGGGGUCAACAUCACGUGUCCGUUGGAGGACUUGGAGACAGCUUUUAUGAGUACCUGCUCAAGGCAUGGUUAAUGUCUGACAGGACUGACGUGGAAGCCAAGAAGAUGUAUUUUGAUGCCGUUCAGGCCAUUGAGACUCACCUGAUCCGCAAGUCCAGCGGGGGACUAACAUACAUCGCAGAGUGGAAGGGGGGCCUCCUGGAACACAAAAUGGGCCACUUGACGUGCUUUGCAGGGGGCAUGUUUGCACUGGGGGCAGACGGAGCGCCCGAAGCCCUGGCCCAGCACUACCUUGAACUUGGAGCUGAAAUCGCCCGCACCUGUCAUGAAUCUUACAACCGCACCUUCAUGAAGCUGGGACCAGAAGCUUUCCGAUUUGAUGGUGGUGUGGAAGCCAUUGCCACGAGGCAAAAUGAAAAGUACUACAUCUUACGGCCGGAAGUUAUCGAGACUUACAUGUACAUGUGGCGACUGACUCAUGAUCCCAAGUACAGAACCUGGGCCUGGGAAGCCGUAGAGGCUCUGGAAAGUCACUGCAGAGUCAACGGUGGCUACUCAGGCCUACGGGACGUUUACUUUGCUAAUGAAAGUUAUGACGAUGUCCAGCAAAGUUUCUUCCUGGCAGAGACACUAAAGUAUUUGUACUUGAUAUUUUCUGAUGACGAUCUUCUUCCACUAGAACACUGGAUCUUCAAUACCGAGGCCCACCCUUUCCCUGUACUCCGAGAAGAGAAAAAGGAAAUUGAGGUCAAAGAGAAAUAAAAGACAUUCUCUAUUUCACUCUGCUUCGUUCCCUCACUGCAUACCUUAAUAAUUCCUUUCCUGGUCAUCAGACACAUGAUGAACUCUUAUUGAUCUAUAAAAGUCUAUGAUUAUCCUAAGUUCUAAAAUUGUUUUGCAGUCUUUUACGUUCAUUAUCAUAAGCCUCAGUGGACCUCAAUUGCUUAUUACUUUGUUAUCCAGCUAGUGGAUCCACUGAUUUUGUUUGUCUGUCUUUUUUUUUUUUUUUUUUUUUUAAGGAAUCUAUUGUUUCUGGAGUUCAUGAAGUUGUGACAUCAUUUUCAUGAAAAUGGAAUAGAACAGUCUACCAGUGACCUCUUAAUUACGAUUUGAUUUGACUGCAAAACUUUUUCCUCCUCUAUGAGGAGAUGGUGUCUGCUUUAAGCUGUAAUGUUUUGCCAUGUUGCAAAAAGCCAUAAUAAUAAAUUAAGUAUUAAAAAAAAGCUUUUUUUUUUCCUUUUCAAGUUCAUGUUAAUCUGGUUUGUCUACCCACCAGAGACAGAUCUUAUAACUGUGACAGCCUCUUAGCAGGUCUAUCGUUAUUUGAUAGAAUGUCCUCUAAAGUACUCCAUUCACAUUACAAUUCAAAUGAGAAAGUCAUCCCAGAAGAGGCAGCCACACUGACCUCAUUUCAUUGCAAGCACAGUGUGUUUUAGUUUUUGAUUAUGUUAGUGUUUCUGCACUUUGGAAUUUCUUCCCUACUUUUACUCUAAAUGCCCUGUGUCGUCUCUGUGUCACGCACCGCUUAAUUUCUUCCAUUCCCCACUGCACAGCAAGGAGAGCACGUGAGUUCUGCAGAGGACCCCUGGUCCUGAAUCCAUUGAAAGGGAAGCGAUGUAACUUUUAACCUGCCAGGUUUUGCUCUGAACUGAAUCCGUCCCGCAGUCUGGUCUCUAAAAGGAGACUGAGAAUUUCAUAUGACUAGUUCAUGUAUUUGCAUUUCAUCUCUGGCUUUUCUUUAAGGAACGGAAACAUUGCACUUGGUUCAGAUUGGCAAAGGGCUCUUCCCAGAUGUAGGUAAUUACUUCACUUCAAGCUUUCACCCAGUGAAAGAAACUUUGCCAAUUUAUCUGUUCGUGUUCAACUAAGGAAAAUCUAAUUAGCUCUUAAGAAUACAGUGUGCUUAGUGUGGUUCCAUUCAGCAUAAAGAUCUUAACUUAGAAAUAAUUUAUAGGAAUGGACACACCCCCUCAUAAUUUGAUCUGUAGCAGAUCAAAAUGAUUAUAUGAUUCUUCCACACCUUUUCUUGAAAUAUGAAAGAUUUUCCCAAGAACAGAUUUAGUGAUAGCUUUCAUUACUGCACCUGCUCUUUAUAUGAAAAAUAGAUUGUUAUUAUGUGUGUACCAAGGGACAAAGACUAACCACCUCGAUUUCAACCUACUAUUGUCAACAAUGAUAACAAAACAAAGAGUACAACCCCUUGGAUUAGACUAAAGUAUAGAUUCCUGUGCAUUUAUAGUCUUCCAACUUUCUAAUUUUAUUGGGUUUCAUGUUGUUUGACCUAUUUAUUUAAGACAAUUAUUUUGUUAAAUCUCAGUAGACAAUAGUUUUACCCAUUUCAGCUUUAGGGAGGGUUUCAAAAAAUGCCAUUUAGGAUUACCACCUGUGUGGCCAGGUUGUUUCCAGUAUUGUACAUUAGAAUACACCAAAAUGCAUAAACUUGUCAAAUUAGUCAAUGAAAAAGAGCCUUCAGUAUAUCCUGUGGCUGUGUGAACCUCUGAGACCCAGAGGAACUUGUGCCCAUAAUCUAUUUAAUCUGUGGAGUUCAUGAACUUGUGAUGUCACUUUCAUGAACCUAAGUAGAAGAGGCUCCCUUGACCCCUUAAUUACAAACUUGAUUUGACUGUAAAACUUUUCCCUCCACUGGGAUCAAUGAGUGAAUAAGAAAUCUUUCUUUCCCCAGAGCUCUGAGGUAAAAUAUUGAAAUUUGCUGCCAAAAAAUGUGGCCAUAUGUAUUUUGAUUAUAACUUUCACUGUCCUUGGAUUAUUUAAUUCAUUUUCUUUGUAUUGUGAUUUGAAGGAGCACACAAAACUGGUGAGUAUUUCUGCAUCCGGUGGGAUUUUAAAGUCAGGUCCUGUGUACCCACUACGCUCUGAUGUACCUUUGGUGUCCUAGUGUAAGCAGGCAAGAAGCUGAAUCACAAUGUUGCUCUCCAAUGGCAAGAAUUGCCUUUCAGUUUUAAAACAUGGAUUUUUAUUUUCUUAAAUGCUAGAUUCCAGAACACCAAAAAUGUAAACAAGAUAAGAGAUUAAUAUUAUAGUAUUAUCAUUGAAUUAAGCUUAUAUUUUGUGUUAAUUUUAAACAAUUGAAGUCACCAAGUAGAUACCAACUCAUUCUUUUUCAACAAAACUGUGCAGUUUAAUUUACAUGUAUAAUCCACAUCCUUCAAGGUGAAUAGUUAAAAUAGCACCUUCUUUUGUGUUUAUGAAAUAUGUUUUGAUAUAGUUUGUGCAGUUAAUAUUAUAAAUAUAAGUUGUAUGCCAAUUUAUAGAACUCAAUGACUACUCUAUCAGGAUUUUUUUUUCAUGUGUAUUAUCCAUUUUUACAUUGAUUGUUUUUGAUUUGUUCAUGAUUGCACUCUGUCAUUUCCAACUUUAUAUAAAUCUCUGAUGUUAUGGGAAACAAUAGAUUGACACAUAAUUUUUAAAGAUUAUAUUUGUAAAAUUUCUCUAUUGUGAAUAAAGUCUUUUAAUAUAUCUUC